UUUUUGAAGGGGCAGGUUUGUGAGCCUCACUGCUCCCCCUAGAGGACACGUUCGUAAAGGAACUUCAAUGGCGCGCAGCUAGCUACAGCUGUCAACUGCUAGCCUGUUAGCAUUUCCAGACAAAAACAUUGCGUUUUGUAUAUCUUCACUAAUGAAUAUUAGUCGUACGAUUGUGUUCGCUAUGCUGUCCCUAUUUCGGCACGGUCAGUCUUUACAUUUGUGUCCGGUGCAGAGAAUAAAAGCAGGCAUUGAAACUUAAGAGCGCUGUGUGUGUGUGGUUGAGUCUUGAAUCAAUUUUGAAUUUCAGUCUUAUAGAAAUCUGAAUCUGCGACUGUGCAUUUGUCCUAUAUCGCUUACACACGACUUAUUUUUCAAAGCAGCUCAUAAAGACUUCCUGUCAUGGAUUCUGUACCAGAUCUAAAUGAUUCGGGUGACUCCAAAGGUUCCACUCGAUCUCCAAAAGGGACAGCAGAGAACCAAAGAAAUAGAGACGACAGCAAGAAGAGCCUACAGGAGGCACGCAGGAAGGGGAAAAUGGAUCGAAGUAAAGCAGAGGAAGAGAUGCGCAGUAAACUCCAAAACAUGGAUGUGCAUGGUAAAACUAAAGCAACAGGAACCGGUCUUGUCUACGUGGAUGCGUUUGUUCGCUAUUACUGCCUCUGGGAUGCCAGUCACCCUGAGCGUCCUGAGAGAGUUGCUGUUGUAAUGGAUACGCUGGAUAAAGAGGGGUUGCUGUCCCGAUGCAUUCGGGUCGAGGCCAGAGCAGCGUCGGAAGAUGAGCUGUUACUUGUUCAUACGAAGGAGUACAUAGACCUGAUGAGAUCCACACAGAAAAUGGCGUACGAAGAACUGAAGACCCUUGCUGAUAAAUAUGACUCUGUCUAUCUGCAUCCGGAACUUUUCGCUUCAGCUUGUUUGGCGGUGGGAUCGGUUCUCCAGAUGGUGGAUAAGGUGAUGACAUCACAACUACGUAACGGCUUUUGUGUCGUCAGGCCUCCAGGACAUCAUGCUCACAUCGAUCAGAUGAACGGUUACUGUAUGUUUAAUAAUCUGGCCAUAGCUGCACGCUACGCUCAAAAACGGCACGAAGUGGAACGAGUUUUGAUUGUGGAUUGGGACGUGCAUCACGGACAGGGAAUCCAGUAUAUUUUUGAACAGGAUCCCAGUGUGCUGUAUUUCUCAGUGCACAGAUAUGAAGACGGUACAUUUUGGCCGCACCUCAAAGAGUCAGUGAGCAGCUCUGUAGGUUCAGGAGCGGGACAGGGCUACAACAUCAAUCUACCCUUGAACAAGACAGGAAUGGAAGAUGGAGACUAUGUGGCGGUUUUCCAGCAGGUCCUCCUGCCUGUGGCGUAUGAGUUUCAGCCUCAGCUGGUGUUAGUGGCAGGAGGUUUUGAUGCUGUGAUCGGAGACCCAAAGGGUGAGAUGCGAGUGAGUCCGCAGUGUUUCUCUAUUCUGACCCACAUGCUGAAAGGCCUUGCUCAGGGGCGUCUCGUGAUGUCUUUGGAGGGAGGAUAUAACCUGGAGUCUACUGCCGAGGGUGUUUGUGCGUCUGUGAGGUCACUUCUGGGUGACCCUUGCCCUCACCUGUCCUCACCUGGUGCCCCGAGCGAAAGUGCACUGAAAUCCAUCUCUCAGACCAUCUUAGACUUGUAUCCGUUCUGGAAGAGUCUUCAGACGUUUGAGGGCGGUCCUCUAUCUGAUGUCACGCCCCAUCCCGCUCCAGUUUGUGCAGAGGUGCAGAUUUCUUCCACUGUCACCGGAUUGGUUUAUGACCAGAAAAUGAUGCUCCAUCACAACAUGUGGGAUAGUCAUCACCCAGAGCUCCCUCAAAGGAUUUCCCGAAUCUUUUCUCGUCACGAGGAGUUGGGACUGCUCUCACGUUGCCAUCGGAUACCGGCUCGCUUAGCAACAGAAGAAGAGCUUGCACUUUGCCAUAGUUCUAAGCACAUCAACACUAUAAAGAGCACAGAAGACAUGAAACCCAGAGAUCUUCACCGACUGGGGAACGAGUAUAACUCAAUUUUCAUCAGUAAUGAGAGUUAUAAAUGUGCCCUGUUGGCAGCCGGUGCCUGUUUUAACUCCGUGCAGGCCAUUCUCACAGACCAGGUGAGAAACGGUGUGGCUAUAGUUCGUCCUCCUGGUCACCAUGCAGAGAAAGACAAAGCCUGUGGCUUUUGCUUCUUUAACACGGCUGCUGUGACGGCACGCUACGCCCAGAGCAUCACCAACCAAUCCCUGCGUGUCCUUAUCCUCGACUGGGAUGUGCACCAUGGAAACGGCACCCAGCACAUGUUUGAGGAGGACAACAGUGUGCUAUACAUCUCCCUGCAUCGCUACGAGGAUGCAACGUUCUUCCCCAACUCAGAGGAUGCUGACUAUGAUCAGGUGGGACGGGGGAAAGGUAAAGGCUACAAUGUCAACAUUCCCUGGAACGCUGGAAAGAUGGGAGAUGCCGAGUACCUGGCAGCUUUCCAUUAUCUAGUGAUGCCGAUAGCCAGAGAGUUUGCUCCAGAUCUGGUGCUGGUGUCUGCUGGGUUUGACGCGGCGCGGGGCGAUCCGUUAGGGGGGUAUCAGGUCACCCCAGAGGGUUACGCUCAUCUCACCCACAAGUUAAUGAGUCUGGCAGCAGGAAGAGUGCUUGUCAUAUUAGAGGGAGGAUAUAACCUCAACUCCAUCUCUGAAUCCAUGUCCAUGUGCACCAGUAUGUUACUUGGUGAUUCCCCUCCUGCUCUGCCUGACCUGUCUCAUCUCCACCCCAACGCCGCUGUCACCAUUAAUAAUGUCCUGCGUGCUCACGCCCCCUACUGGAGCUCGCUGAGAAUACAGCUUCCAGAGUCUCUCCGUUUGUCUUUGCCGUCUCCUAAACCAAAAGGCAAGCGGACGUCAGUUGGUAAAAGUAAGAAAUCUCCUCGUCAGUCCACUCCUGCUCAGAGUCCCAGACAUCAGACACCGCAGCAUCACUCGACUCCGCCCUCUGCCGCUCUCGAUGACCUCACUGAGGGCAUGCUGUCUUUGGAUCUCAACACGAGUGUCUCGUCUAACCCCAGCCCGGCGUCGGUUCCCAUCGGUGGAGCCAGACGUAAAGUAAAACCACAGAGGGAAUCAUCAGGCCAGAUGUCAGAUUCACCCGUGAAGCUGACUGCAGACAACACCAAAGAUAAAGAUGACACAAAUGCAGAAACUGCUGCCGUGACAGCAGAAGCACCUACGCUGAAGGCUGAUGCCACGGUUGAUUCAGGUGCUGUGGAGGACCAAGAGCCUUCUGCACCGCAGGGAGCUUGUGGUUACACAGAAAAAUCUGUGUUUGAGCUCGUGUGUGGAGCACAAGACACGGACGGGGAGACGAUGUACGUGGUGGAUCCGUUGUCAUGGUGCCCACACUUGGAGUCUGUGCGGCCCGUGCCCGCAGGUGGCAUCGACGUCUUCCUCCCGUGUGAAGAGUGUGGUGGGGACGCUGAGAACUGGAUCUGUCUCUUUUGCUACAAGGUGCUCUGCGGGCGUUACGUAAACCAGCACAUGGUGACACACGGGCAGGUGUCAGGUCAUCCUCUGGUCCUGAGCUUUGCUGACCUUUCAGUCUGGUGCUACGCCUGUGAGUCGUACGUCCAUAACCAGGUGCUCUAUGAAGUCAAAAACGCUGCUCAUCUUGUAAAGUUUGGAGAGGAGAUGGCUCCUUUCAGCUAAACCAGCAGACAGGAUUUAUAGCAAGAUGUGUUUGUUAUUACGAGUUUUCCCUGUUCACGUGUUUUCUCACUUACAUUCUCUUAAUUUUUUGUCAUAUUUCUGGAAUAUUGUACUUCAUAAAUUGUAAUCGUGCCAAAUGAGGUAUUUUGCAAAAAUACUUAUUUUAAAUCUUUCUUCACAUUUGUUUUCUAAAAUCAGUGUUUUAAAUGUCUUUGCAAAUCCAUGUAUUUAGUUCAUGUUUGAUUUUGUUUUAUUUACAGUGCCUUGUUUUUUUUUUUU